CACAUUUGGUCCAUAAAGUGAAACACAGUUUUGUUGAAUCAUUCAAAUCACACUUCAAUUGUUAAGCAAUGGCUGAUCGCAUCCACAAACAGACCAAUGGAUCCAAAGCUAAGGACAAUAAAAUGAAGGAUUCAAAGGAUACCAAAGCAGACAAAAGUGAACAGAAAGUUGAUUUGGGUUUACUUGAAGAGGACGACGAGUUUGAAGAGUUUCCCGCAGAAGUCUGGAAGGAGAAGUGUGAUAAUGAGGAAGACGUGAAUCUAUGGGAAGACAAUUGGGACGACGACAACAUUGAAGAGGACUUUAGCAAACAACUCAAGUCAGAAUUAGAGAAGAAGACAUUUGCUUAAAGUGUAUUCAUUAUUCAUCUGUUUAUAUAUAUAUAUAUAUAUUUGUACGACAAUUGUCUUCAUUUACAUCUCAAAAGAAACUUUCUUUAUGUCUAUCAAAACAAAUUCAAUUCAAAAAUUUAAUUAUUAAAUAUUAUAUUUUAAAAAUUGAUUUAAAUUAAUAAAUAUAUUGUUUU